AUACAAAAAGAUUCGUUUUGUUAGGUUUCCAAGAAAAGAUUUUGCUAAUUGUGAAUUAAUUACGGAAGAUACAAAUAAAUUAAAGAGAGAGAGUCUGAUGACAGCAGAGGCCAGGAGGUGAGGUGAGGUGGGUAGGCGAACGAAGUAAAAGAAGAGAUAAGCAUAUAACUCACUCAAACGUAACAAUUCUCUCCUCUCUCUCUCUCUCAGCCGAGGAUCUAGUGGAGAUGGCGGCGGCACCGGCGAGGACGGAUUCGAAGAGCCAGGCGUCGAUACCGCCCUACAUGAAGGCAAUCUCGGGCUCGCUCGGCGGAGUCGUCGAGGCGUGCUGUCUCCAGCCGAUCGACGUCAUCAAGACGCGUCUCCAGCUAGAUCGCGGGGGCGCCUACAAGGGAAUCGCGCACUGCGGUUCCACGGUGGUUCGCACCGAAGGCGUCCGCGCUCUGUGGAAAGGUUUGACGCCGUUCGCGACUCACCUGACGCUCAAGUACACGCUUCGGAUGGGAUCCAACGCCAUGUUCCAGACCGUGUUCAAGGACUCGGAGACGGGAAAGGUGAGCAACCACGGCCGUUUGCUAUCCGGAUUUGGCGCCGGUGUUCUCGAAGCGCUCGCCAUUGUUACACCCUUUGAGGUGGUGAAGAUUAGACUUCAGCAACAGAAAGGUUUGAGUCCCGAGCUUUUCAAGUACAAAGGUCCCAUCCACUGUGCUCGUACCAUCGUCAGAGAAGAAUCCUUUUUGGGUCUAUGGUCUGGUGCUGCACCCACCGUUAUGCGUAACGGCACCAACCAAGCUGUCAUGUUCACUGCUAAAAACUCCUUUGACGUCCUCUUGUGGAACAAGCACGAAGGCGACGGCCAAGCCUUGCAGCCCUGGCAGUCCAUGAUCUCUGGGUUCUUAGCUGGAACCGCUGGUCCCUUCUGCACCGGACCUUUUGAUGUGGUCAAGACCAGGUUGAUGGCUCAGACCAGAGACGGUGAAGGUGGGCUGAAAUACAGAGGGAUGGUUCACGCCAUUAGGACCAUUUAUGCUGAGGAAGGAUUAGUGGCUCUAUGGAGAGGAUUGUUGCCGAGGCUGAUGAGGAUUCCUCCUGGACAAGCCAUUAUGUGGGCUGUUGCUGAUCAGGUCACUGGUCUUUAUGAGAAGAGAUAUCUCCUUAACGCACCUUUAUAGAGAGUGAGAGAGACAUGACAUUUGUUUCUUUUCAUGUUGGUUUAUUUUUGUGAGAAAUGGGAAAAAUCCAAACUCAAUUCUCCCCAAGACAUUUUUGAUAAUAACGAAACACACUCUUAGGGUUAGGGAUGUGUAUUCAAUUCAGAGUGAUGGGAAGAUUUAUAUGAUUUUAUAUGAAUUGGAAAUUUUGAUAUGA